CGCUGAGUAGUCGUAGGGGUGGAAUCAUGGCUCGUGUCAUCCUGUUUUCAGCUUUUGCGUUGCUGGCCAUAAGCUAUGCAUUUUCUGAAAGUCCAAUGGAAAAUGAAGGAUUGUUUGAAGGUGAUAUCAUGGGAAUCGAUCCGUACAUCUUGAUGGACAGAAAUGCUGUUGUAGACGAAGCAGAGCUGUGGCCAAAUGGAGUAAUAUACUAUGAAAUAGACUGGAAACUUAGAAAUGUGAAGGACAUAAUUAUGGAAGCAAUACAAGAGUUCGAAUCCAAGACAUGCCUGAAAUUUCGGCCCAAAACCGAGUCCACUAAAGAUUACAUAAAGCUCACUAUCGUAACCGGGUGCUGGUCAUCAGUAGGGCGCAAAGGUGGUGAGCAGGAAAUUUCUUUGAGCGAAGGUUGCCACGACAAAGUGUCUGCUAUCCACGAAAUCGGUCACGCCAUUGGACUCUGGCACGAGCAUAGCAGAUCUGACAGGGACGAUUACUUGGAGAUCAUGUGGGGAAACAUCAAGCCUGGCGCAGAAAUGAAUUUUCUAAAGUUGAAACCAUGGGAGAACAAUUUGCUGGGAGAAGAAUUUGAUUACAAGUCUAUCAUGUUGUAUGGAGAAUACGCCUUUGCCAAAGACAAAAAUUCGAUGACGAUGAAGCCAAAGAAGGAAGGAGUGACCAUCGGACUCAUCAACAACAAGCCUGGACUCAGUGACAGUGAUGUUCGACGAAUCAACAAACUUUACCAAUGUUUUGGUAAUGAACGUCCACCUCCCCCAGACGUUCCAGACUUCAAGUGCGACUUCGAGGAGGACAUGUGCGGCAUGGUUAACCACGAGAAUAACCACAUGACUGACUGGAAAAGGCAAACAGGGACUCUGGGUGGCAGAACAGGUAGUUAUGUAGCGGUAAAUGCGGCAGACGCUUCUUUCCGCAAAAUUCGCUUGGUGACUCCUUUCUUUGGCGCGUACGGACGCAAGACGGCAUGCUUCAAAUUCGACUUGUAUUUCUUCGGAGGAGGAGCGGUCUCAAUGGAUGUUAUGGUCCACUCCAUACGUACGUCGACUCUCCUCCUGAAGCACGAGGACAAGAAGGACGAAUGGCAAAGGGUUCAAAUUCCUAUCAAUUUGGACGGUGAUGUCAAGUUUUCCAUGGAUGCACGUACUCGUAAAUCAGAUGGAGAAGGAAUCAUAGCGAUUGAUAACGUCCAAUACCAGCUACGUGACUGUGAUUAGCAACAUUUAGGUGUCAAUAAAAGAUUACAAAAAUA